AUGCCAGGCCUUGAUCCCUCUAUAGCCCAGCAUCGCUUGCCCAUCUUGCCACAUGCUAGACCAGUUAAGCAGAAAUUGAGGAGAUUACACCCUCGAUGGAGUUUGCAGGUUAAGAAAGAGAUUCAAAAACAACUUAGUGUUGGUUUCCUAUUAGUGGUCAAAUAUCCUGAGUGGCUGGCUAAUGUCGUCCAUGUUCCUAAAAAGGAUGGCAAAGUUAGAGUCUGUGUUGACUUUCAAGAUUUGAACAAGAAUGUAGGGGCCGCCUAUCAGAGAGCUGCUACUACUCUAUUCCAUGACAUGAUGCAUAGAGAUGUUGAUGUAUAUGUAGAUGACAUGAUAGUGAAGUCUCAAGACAGGGCAGAUCACUUAGCAACCUUACAGAGAUUCUUUGAGAGGAUCAAACAGUUCAGGUUAAGGUUGAAUCCCAAGAAAUGCACCUUUGGGGUAACUUAUGGGAAAUUGCUGGGGCAUAUCGUUAUUGAGCGUGACAUAUGCGAGCCUAUAUGCCGUCUUCUAAGGAAGAGCGAGCCUAGAGUUUGGGAUGAUGAUUGCCAGUGCACUUUCAAGAAGAUUAAGGAGUGUCUCGUUUCUUCUCCAGUUUUAGUACCGCCUACGCCAGGGCGGCAUUUGCUUAUGUACUUGUCAAUAUCGGACAUUGCCAUGGGAUGCAUGUUAGCUCAGCUCGAUGAUUCAGGAAAAGAUCGAACCAUUUAUUAUUUGAGUAAGAGGACGCUCAAGUAUGAGUGCAGAUACAUUAUGAUUGAGUGCCUUUGUUUGGCACUAGUUUGGGUCACCAGAAAGCUGAGACACUAUGUGACCGAGUAUUCCAUAUUAUUGGUCUCACGAUUAGAUCCAUUGAGAUAUCUGUUCGGCAUGCUUGUUUUGACUGUAUCUGAUGACAGAUCGGUUGAUGAUGAUUUCCCUGAUGAGCAGUUUGUCUUAAUGACUAGUAUUGCAGGAUGGCGAUUGUACUUUGAUGGUGCCACCAAUCAGUCAGGGUUUGGUCUAGAGACUACGCUCGAUCUUGGAGUUAGACAGUUGGAAAUCCACGGGGAUUCCAACUUGGUUAUUCAGCAGACUCAAAGUAUCUGGAGGACUCGGGAUGAGAAGUUGAAACCCUAUCAUGCUUAUUUGGAUUUGUUGGGCAAUAGGUUUGAGGAGUUGAGAUAUAUACAUUUGCCUAUGGCAGAAAAUCAGUCUGCUGAUGCGCUAGCCACCUUGGCUUUUGUGAUUGAGAUCCAUGCAGGAGUGACUAUGCGACCAUUGCUAAUUGAGACCGGGUCCGUACCAGCUUAUUGUUGUCUGAUUGGAGAUAUCGAGGAUCAGGAUGGACUACCAUGGUACCAUGAUAUUUAUCAGUUUCUGUCAUGUGGCGCUUACCCUGAGUCAGCCAUUGUUAAGGAUAAGAGAGCUUUGAGACAGUUAGCCACUAGAUUUGUGAUUUGUGGAGAGUCAUUGUAUAGACGAUCGCCCGAUGGCCUAUUGUUGUUAUAUCUAGACCGUGCCUCUGUAGAUAGAGUGAUGAGAGAGGUUCAUGCAGGAGUUUGUGGCCCACACAUGGAAGGACACAUGUUGGCCCGAAAGAUUAUGAGGACAGUGUGGGGCAUUGAUAUUAUUGGAAAUAUCUCACCCAAGUCUUUCAGUGGGCACGAGUACAUCUUAGUAGCUAUUGAUUACUUCACCAAGUGGGUGGAAACUGCUUCUUAUGCCAGAUUGAUGGCAGCCAAGGUGACUAAGUUCAUCAGAUCACAUAUCAUAUGCCGAUAUGGAGUCCCUCAUGAGUUGAUCUCAGAUAGAGGGGUGCAUUUCAGAGGCGAGGUGGAUACAUUGGUUCAGGAGUAUGGCAUUCAGCAUCAUAGAUCAUCUGCGUAA